AUGAAGGCGCUGGUCGAUGAUUUCCACCCCAUCGCGAGUGCUGGCCACAACAAGAGGGAAGAGGGCAAGUGCUGGCCUGGCUUCUCUCCCGAGAAGAACGACAAGUUGAGCACAUGCUGCUGGUAUGGUGCCCAGACGUGCUGCAAGUCGAGCGUGGCCGGCUACGUCCUGCGGACGGUCACGCAACAACUGGAGGCGGUCCACAAGAACGGCACGAACGACAAGUGCUACGCUGCCUACAUUUCGAUUUCGGUCUGUCCGUCGCUGUGCAACAAGCUGUGGGACGCGUGCCACGACCAGCAGGACAAGUUCGGCAUCCACCCCAAGGCCCUCACCGCGCGUCAGCUGUGCUCCGCCCUGCUCAUCGAGGAGGAGGACAAGGAGGGUCCCCAGGGCGGCGUCAACGUCGUCAUCGCGCCAGCAUCCUCGACGACGUGCUACAGCGGCGCUUCGCUCUCAGUUGUCGAGAACAGCUCGUCCGGCGGUCCCUCUGGCGGCUCCAUUGCGGCCAUGGUGCUGGUGCCGUUCCUGGUGAUCGGAAUCACGGCCGUGGCCGUGGUGGUCUACUUCCGCGUCCGCCGGAGGCGAGAGGGCCUCGUCUACCUCGGGGCCGGCGGUGGCGGCGGCGGCGCCGACGAGUUCUCCCUCUCCGCCGACGCGUUCGGCGAGGAGGAGGAGGGCGGCUUCCUUGACGAGGAGGGCGACAUCAGCGAGGGCACGGGCAGCAGCGGCCUCCUGAGCGAUGAGGACAACAAGUUUUCCGUGCAGUGA